GAUAAAGUAGUACCAGGUGACGGAUGCUGGCGACGCGUCUGGCAGCGCUGCUGCUCCUGGCAUGGACGAGCCUUGCAGUUGCAGCUAACGUGAAGGCGCUGACGCCGAACAUCCUCGCCGUAGGACAGGUCAUCUACCCAGGUGCCCCCGUCGUCUAUGCGCUCGAGACGGUGCCGGGCCAAGCGUACGAGGUCAAGCUUUCGUACCGCGCAACGACGCCGAGCUUCUUCAAGCUGCGCAUCGUGGACGACGACGAGGCCGAGCGCCAACGUAGCCACGGCGCCAUGCGACGUAUGCUCAACACGGAAAAGACGUUUGUGACGGGCGGCGUGGAAGGCCGUGCGCAGUACGUCGAGGUGACGAUGCAGGUCGAGGGCGUCUCGUACCGCUUGAGCGCCGACGAGCUCGCUCGUCGCGCGACCACGUUUGACAUUCUCCUCGAGGAGCUGGUCGUCGGGAUCCCCGUCAGCGCCUUGACGCUCAUUGGCGUCGCGCUUGCGCUGCUAAGCUUCAUGAUGCUGUGUGUGUACCCUCGUGUGAGCGCGCUCGUCCACGACGCUGACAGCAUGCCUUCGAAGACCCGAUAAAUCCACGCUUUCAGAAACGUAGCUUUUGGUUUUAGA